AUGCAUCUACGCCACCACAGCACGGAGGAAGAUGAGAAGCAAGACUCGAAGAGCCUAUCUUCCAACUCCAGCACAGACACGCUCCCACCGCCGUAUUCUGGACAGACCAACAGCGCAUCCCCCACCGACCUCACCUCUCCAGUCCCGGAACUCCUCCCAAGCCCCGGCAAAAUCCUCACCAUCCAAGCCAGAGGCAUGAAGAACGUGUUCUGCAGCCCUAGCGAACUCAUCCUGCCCAUCUUCUCCGGCACCGACAUUACCGUCGAACCAUUGUACACUUCUACGCGCCCCUCGAAACGGAAGAACAACGCCGUGCUCUCCCACUCCCAGCGCGGCGAUAUCAUCUCAACCACCUACCGCUUCGGUCCCGGUCGCGAGCCCAAGGUCCGCUAUCUCCAGUCCCAGUCCCAGCAGCAGACCUUCGCCAACGACGUCAAGCGCGCUGAAAGCAGCGAUAGCGACGACGAUGCAGAAGGCCCCCUGGCGCUGGAAGUUGAUAGCGGACACUUAUUCAAGCACACCGUGACGCUCACCUCGACUCCAGAGGCGAGUCGUAGGUUCAAGUGGAAGUACACCCGCACGCCUACAGAGCCGGAGGGCAAGAAGAAACGGGUGCUGGCGCUGUACGCCGAGGGCGGGCCGGAGUCGUCUUCCUCUUCUAGGAGUGGCGAUGAUUGGGAAGCAAUCGCCGUACUCGUGCGGACCGAGUCGACGAGGACCGAAGGCACGAGCAAAUGGGGCUGGGGCAACGGCGGGCAGCUCUUCUUUAGCCACAACGCUGCUGAGCACAUGGAGGAGGGUUUGCUCGUAGCGACGUGCAUCAUGAUGAUGAAGAAAGAGGUCGACCGUGGACGAGGUACGCAGGGUGCCAUGAUCGCAGGCGCUAUGGGCGGCGGUUUUGGUGCCAUUUGA